AUGUCCACUGAGUUCACCAACUCAUAUAGGGCGGCAGCGGAGAGUUUGGCAUGGGCAGCGGCCCAGGAACGACGAGCGACGGCGCAUUCCCACACAGAAACCCUAGUGCAAACACCGAUAUCAGGUGACAUUUGUCAGGUGGACGGGGCUUGGAAAGACACAGAGUGUAGAGCUGGUUUAGGAUGGUACUUUUUCAACACGGAUUCUCCUGAUAAACUUAUGGGAACAUGUAAUUUGAGGCGGGGAAUAUCCCCACUUCAGUCAGAGCUGGAGGCUCUCAUUUGGGCCAUGCAAUGCAUGAUACGGCAUAACAAAUUGGUAAUGGUGUUUCAGACGGACUGUUCCGAUGUGGUGAAGAUGGUGUCUAAACCAGAGGAGUGGCCGGCGUUCUCAACACUACUUGACGAGGUUGACAGAUGUAAGAGGAGAUUCACCUCCUUCAACAUCAUGCAUAUUCCAAGGACGAACAACACGAAGGCAGACAAGUUAGCACGAAGUGCUCGAGAUCUACCUACAGAUGUGUAUUAUGUAAACUCUAUUUCACCAGUUUGGAUUCCCGAGCUGUUGUAG